CUGCCAUCCUCUCAUCUCCCAGUAAAACGGUUCUAAACACACACACGCACUUAAGAGCGGUACCGGCUGAGAGCGGAAGUGUCGCACUGAAAACGCGACUCUCCCGGAAACCGCAGCGGAUCGAACAGAAAGUGGAAGAGUCAGAAUCACAAUGAAUACCCGAGGACUCCGCUCACAGCUGAAGGACAGUGUCCCGGUGGCAGGCCUCUGUCCACAGGGACAGUAUGGAGUCCAGGACUCUCUGCGGAGCGGAUUUACCAGUGUAAAGAAUGAGCUCCUGCCCAGCCACCCAUUGGAGCUGUCAGAAAAGAACUUCCAGCUGAACCAGGACAAGAUGAAUUUCUCAACUCUGAGAAACAUCCAGGGUCUUCAUGCUCCACUCAAACUGCAGAUGGAGUACAGGGCAGCCAGACAGAUCCAGCGCCUGCCGUUCUUACAGAGCUCAAACCUGGCUCUAGAUACGCUGCGAGGCAGCGACGAGUCCAUCGGUUUCGAGGACAUCCUCAAUGAUCCAGCCCAGAGUGAAAUGAUGGGGGAUCCUCACAUGAUGGUGGAAUACAAAUUGGGACUGUGCUGAAAGAGAAAGGACGCAGAUCCCCACACACACACACACACACACACACACACACACACACACACACACACAUAUUAGUUCAUUAUUUGUUUUAUUGGUUCAUAAACAACAAGUCAUCAACUCAGGUUCUGUGGAACUGUUGUCAUCUGGGAAGGACAGGGGAUAGAUGAGGGUGUGGGUGGGGUGGGGGCAUAUAUCUGGAGAUUUCCUGAACAGACACAUUCAGUGCUGCUUUUGUAUGAUUCCAACCUCACAGUUAUUUCUAAUAAACUUCAUAACGCUUCCUCUUG